AUUCAUUCAAAAACUUCCUUCAGAACGCGUCGUAGUAUUUAAAAAGAAACAUGUUUCUCGUGAAACAACUAAGAUAAAACGCGUUGUGUUAUUAAUAAUAGUAGUUUCUGAAGCGUGUGUAAUCAUAGAUUCUUUCAAACAUGAGAAUUCUCUUGAGUUAAAAGAAGGAAAAGUUUUGUGAUCAAUCUCGAAGAGAUUAAUGACCAAAGAAAAUGAUGUUAAGAUCACUUCAUCCUAUCAUUCUUAUAAUUUUGUUCUGUGAUCUUCGUUUUAUUGUGUCUACAACAGCAAUGUUAAUGAAUAAUGUGGCAACAAUUGAAAGGAAGCACCCAGAAGAAGCUUCUUUUGUAGAAUAUUUUAAGGAUCAUGAAGUGUCAGAGAAACAAGCACGAGAAAAUCUUCGUGGUUUAAAAGAAAAUGACUUUGCAACACCAGCAUAUUGCAAAGCAUGCAGUUUAGAACAUCGAAAGUAUUGUAUCUCGGAAAAUCUUCUCAAGGAUCAUUGUUGUUGUAAUCAGUCACAUAACAAAGGUGAGUUUAAUGACCUUCGUCAUUUGUAUUGAAACAACUUUAUUUCAUUCCACACACAUGUUUCAUCAAUGAAGAUCCUUGUUAUCCAUCAUUAGGAUCUUGUCUGACAGUCUCCGAGAUAAGAAACUGUUGCUGUGAUGCAAAACUUAAGAAGCAUUGGAAAUCGGUUCUUUCGGAUGCAAACACAAGCAGAUCGAGUAAACAUUUGUCGAUUAUUCUGGCGAUUUCACUCAUUGUUUAUGGCCAUUGAAUAGACUCCAGCUUGACCAAGUGCCUGCAAACGACGCAUGACUCCCGAAACACUCACUACAUAAAUGGUUCAUUUAUUUUUAAAUAUAUUUUUCUAAACAAAAACGCUUCGCAUGCUUGCGAUGAUGAACACAUUUUGCAAUUUUUCACGUACGAACUAAAUAGUCAUUAUUUUUGGGAGUAAAGAGUUGUGCAACAGAAAAUGUAUAGAUAUGUAUUUAGAGAAACCAAAGUACUAAGUAUAUUUUAAAAUAAUAAACAAAAUUUUAAGAAAUUUAAGAAAAAAAAUCUAAGUUUUGAAUUCGAUGGCAAAAUGUUUGAGAGUCUUUCUUUGAAAAUGUUAGAAAAGGUUUGAGAAACUGUCCAUCAAUAUAAAUAAAAACUUUGAAAUAGUUUUGAGACUCGCUGGUGUUAUUUAUAAGUUUAUCAAUCAAGUCAAGUAGCUUAGUGACGCUAAAAAAAGAUGUUUAAUGAUAAAAUUUGAAAACGAACACAUGCAGUUAAAAUCGAAUAAAGAUUUGGUUUAAACAGAACUUUGUAACUUUGUCUCGUGCAAAGUGCAACCGUCUGUCUGGAUCAGAUCACCACCCACAUGUGUUAAUAAAUGAAAAUAAAGAAAAUUAUCCAAAAG